GUGGCUUAAUUAGUACGUUAUACCAUUUUAUAGCAGGAGAAGUCAAAAACAACAAAAAAACAAAUAUAGUUCGAAAAUGUUAAAAUUGUUUGUAGUGCUUGCUUGCUUUUAUCCGGCAUUUGCACAAGAAUGUAAAAUAUGUCCAAUGGGAGUGUGUAAUCGAGAUACUAGGUGCCCUGUCAAUGAAAAUCCGAUAAUUCCUCACAAAGAUUGCGGCAAGUUUUACCAAUGUAGUAACGGCUUUGCAUGCGAAAUGAGCUGCCCCGCAGGCUUACAUUGGAGUGUAAGUGAAAGUCGGUGCGAGUGGCCCCAUAUCGCUUGUUGCGAUCCCUCUGUAGAGUGCAGGCCAUGCUGCGAUACAACACCUACUACGACCACUGUGAUUCCAACAACUCCGACAACUGCAAUAACUACCCCAACGACGGUAGUAACUACCCCAACGACGGUAGUAACUACCCCAACGAUGGCUCCAACAACACCAUCACCAACUCCCACACCAAGUCCUUCAACAGUCGUGACACCGGAUGAUAGUCUGUGCAUAUACGAUAGCCGAUGUCCCGUAAACGAUAAUCCUAUGAACCCCUUGUUACUGCCACAUGAAUCCGAUUGUACUUUGUUUUAUAAAUGUGACCACGGUAAACGAUGCCCAAUGGAAUGCCGCCCGGGAGAACACUUCAGUAACGCCCUACAACGCUGUGAGUGGCCAAAUAUUGCAUGCUGCGAUCCAAGAAUUCCAUGCAGCACCACACCCAUCACAACAACGACUGUCACCCCUACAACUGUCACGACGACUGGGCCAGGAAGUGAUUCGUGCGUUGCUGAUAGCCGAUGCCCAGCGAAUGACAAUCCCAUGAAUCCAUUGUUACUGCCGCAUGAAUCUGAUUGCACUCUUUUCUACAAAUGUGACUUCGGCCAAAGAUGUCAGAUGCAGUGUCGUCCAGGAGAACACUUCAGUAACGCUCUACAACGUUGUGAAUGGCCGAACAUCGCAUGCUGCGAUCCAAGAAUACCUUGCAGCGAAACAACAGUAACAACAACCACAAGCACAACACCUGGGCCAGCCACUGGAACAUGUACACCUGAUAGUCGAUGUCCGGCAAAUGAUAAUCCGAUGAAUCCUCUAAUGCUGCCACAUGAAUCAGAUUGUACCCGUUUCUACAAAUGCGACUUUGGUCAACGAUGUUUGAUGGAGUGCCGACCGGGAGAACAUUUUAGCAGUUCGCUACAACGCUGUGAAUGGCCAAAUUAUGCAUGCUGCGAUUCAAGAAUACCAUGCCAAACGAUACCCAACAUAAAUGAUCCUUGCUAUCCAGAAGUAUGCCCGAUUCCGGUGUGCUACUCAGAUAGCGGAUGUCCACUAACGGAUAAUCCGCUCAUUCCAAUCCACUUGCGAAAUCCGGCCAGCUGCUCAUCGUUCUACAAAUGUUUGCAAGGCAAAGCUUGCCUCGUAGAGUGCCCUUCCGGUCAACAUUGGAGUCAAUAUUUGCAACGAUGUGAAUGGCCUAAUGUUGCGUGUUGUAGCCCAACUGUGCAGUGUUGUGCUCAAUGUGUCGCCGAUAGGCGCCGAGAACUUGCGCGCUUGUUCGGCAUCAAAAAAUACAAUUAAGUUGUUAUUUUCACCUUAACAUGGAAAUAUAGUGGAUCAUUCUGGAUGUGAGACAAAUAUACACUAUUUUACAUAUUUUGAAACAAAUUCGAUAUUCCUUAGAUUUAAAGUAAUAAUAGUAAGUCUUACAAGUAUCAAUUGUCCAUAUUCCCAGGAUUAUUUCUAUGACGUAGAUAAACACGCGUUGAAAUCAUAAAUUCAAUUUUGUAAAGUAAACCAAUUUUAAGCUACGAAUAAAUUCCCAUCGAAUGACCGGGUACCGUAAGGUUACCGAAAUAUCAAAUAGAUAUCUUUUUUCUUCCCUUCGCACUUAUUACAUUUAAA